AACGAAAACAAAGAAAGGCAUGCUGUCCUCCCACUCGCUACUCAUUGUCAGGAGGGGAAAAUCAUACAUUCACGGUUUGUUUUUUAUUCGGUUCUCACACGGAACGUCGAAAACACUUCUACAUCUGACGGAAGGUACAUUUCCAGCCACAAGGUUUAUGACUAGAGUUUGAUAACCCUGUCUAUCGCACUGCUGCUAUAACAGAUAACAGCUUUAUGUAUGAAAGACUUAUAGAUUCAAGACGUCAUCUUGAAACUAUUUACCCCCAUAGGUGCACUUCCUGAGAUGGUUACUGGACUGUGAGGUGCUAUCGAGGAGAACACUAAAGAGAGGACUUCUAAAGCAAUCACUGGAUCAAGAAGAAGCUCUGUAGAUGGCAGCUGGUCUCUCCAUCUUGUAAUUGCUGGAGCCUUCCUCUACUAUGCUCAAUCUCAUCAAGCUACCUCAAGUGUUCACCAUCAACCAAGUUCCAAAAGUCUUCCAUGAGGAUGGCAUCAUUUCAGGGUAUCGCCACCCAUGCAGCUCAGCCAAGGAGUGUGUGCUUAGUCUUUUCCAACUAACAAAUGAAACUCUCAAUAUUUGGACUCAUUUCCUGCCCACAUGGUUUUUCUUAUGGAAACUGCUGACGGUAGUGCUGGUGCAGGAUGACUGGAAGGAUCCAUUCACCUGGCCCUUGCUGGUGUUCCUGCUGUCAUGUUGUGUGUACCCACUCGCUUCCAGCUGUGCUCAUACCUUCAGUACCAUGUCAGAACGGGCCAGGCACAUCUGCUUCUUCUUUGAUUAUGGAGCACUCAGCUUCUACAGCCUUGGUUCUGCCAUCGCCUACUCUUCUUACUCAUUUCCAGAUAAAUGGGUUAAUGGCACAUUUCAUGAAUAUUAUGUUCCUAUAGCUGUUGUCAACUCUGUGAUCUCUACUGCACUGGCCUGCUACUCAAGACUCGGUUUACCAUUUCUUCAGUAUAAUUAUCACAGCAUUAAAAGGUAUUCUGGGGGAAAAGAUCAGAAGCGCUGUAAACGUCUAAGGAUAAUCGCCUUUCUUUAUCCAUAUCUCUUUGACAACAUCCCUCUCUUUUAUAGAAUAUUUGUGUGUGCUGGUGAGGGUUGCACUGUUAAUGAGGCCAAUACGGUUCACUAUCAGCACACGUCAUUGGCUCUCUUCACUGGCUUUCUUUUUGCCACACACCUGCCUGAACGGUUGGCUCCUGGUAGUUUUGACUACAUAGGUCACAGUCAUCAGCUCUUCCACGUGUUCGCUAUUAUUGGCACGUAUUUCCAGAUGACUGCUAAUGAACUGGACAUGGCUGCACGGAAGCAGUGGCUUCAUGCUCACUUGCCACCGAUCACCCUUUCAAACACAGUGGGAGCUGCAAUAUUUAGUGUGGUUAGCGGCCUUUGUAUAAUAUAUGUUUUUAGUCUGGCACUUUUCUCCACCAGAGGUGUGAAGAAGUUUGAAAUGUGACAUUUGAUAAGGUUACUCUGGGCAGCCAUGUUAGUUUCCCUAAAACGGAGUAAAAUAUAUUUAUAUAUAUUUUAUGACUGUUCAAAAGAAGCAAUGUAAUGAACAGCCUGAGAAGAUUGUAUUUAAUCUGGAAGAUUAUAAGACUGUAUAAUUUAUGAUUAGGUUGUAUGUUUGAUCAAUGUUUUUGUUGUAAUUUUUUUUUAUUUACUUAAAUUCUUUAACAUUUUCAAAUCAUAUUUACAUAUUUUUGAAGCACUUUAAUCAGACUUAUUAUCAUCAUUUAUAUACAAGUGCAUUUUUAUAAUCAGCCUUUUUGAACACUGUAAAAAUAGAUAUUACUUAUAAAUAAAUCUUGUUAAUACAGAAUGUAACGUUUUAUAUUUUUACUAAAUAAAACUAAUAUGCUUAACCACCUGACUUCAGACCAUUAAUUAGCUUGUACAACACUAACAAGUGGCAGAAGGAAUGGGAUGAAUAUAAUAAACUAUGAAAUAAAUAAGUAUUAAAAGAAGUGUCUUGAAAUCAAGACAUGAUCAUGUCAUCUUCACUAGGUGCUGACUGGGUUACUCAAGACUUUCAAUGAGUUUCUAUUGAUGGGUGAAGUUCCUCCUUUUAUCUCUCUCGUGUCAAGUUACUGUGAUUGUAAAACAAAUUUUGCUGGACUGUAUUUUUAUGAUACUUAAAAGGAAACUCUUUUAUGCAGAAACAUGUUUAAAA